AUGAAGCUGGGGUGUUCUCGGUUUCUUCUUUCUUGCCAUGUUCUUCUCUGCCUUUCUGCGAUUUGGGUGCUGGCCAUGGCCGAUGUACCGGCCGGCCAGCGUCCCGGCUGCCCGGCCAAGUGCGGGGACGUCGACAUCCCGUUCCCGUUCGGCAUCGGCAAGCAGUGCGCUUUUCACAGAGGCUUUGCACUCAACUGCACGAGCAUCAAUGGCACCGCAAAGCCUUUUAGCGGGAAUUUUGAGGUGACCAAGAUCUCCAUGCAAGACAGCAAGGCCUGGAUGAACAUCUGGACGAUCUCGUGGCAGUGCUAUGACCAAGCCACUGGCGGUAUGACCCACUACAACGGAUGGGCGGACUUCACCUUCACACCUUUCUGGAUAUCAGAAGUGGACAACAAGAUCUUUGUCAUCGGGUGUAAUACUCUCGCUUAUAUGAUGGGCUCUUCUGGGAUACUUCCACUUGUCCUGAACUGGCAAGCAAGGCCGUGGACUUGUGACGUAGCUCAGAAGAACAUGAGCUCCUACGCAUGCGUCAGCAACCACAGUGUGUGUGUAAAUGUAACUUCCACCACCGACGAGCCAGGUUAUCGCUGCAAGUGCUCUGAUGGAUACGAGGGCAACCCUUACAUCACGGAUGGAUGUCAAGAUAUUGACGAGUGCCUUAAAAAUUCUACUCUAUGUGGCUAUGGAAUCUGCGAGAACAUGGCAGGAAAUUACACCUGCUCAUGUCCCCGAGGGAAAGAUUGGACGAAUGGCAUUUGUCAAUCACGUUUCCCGGUGAUUCCUGUUGUAGGUACAACUGGUGGACUAGUUGUCUUAGUGAUUGCUUUAGCAUGUGCAUGCAUGAUCCAAGAGAGAAGAAAGCUACAGAAGAUGAAACGAGACUACUUUCGGCAGCACGGUGGUCUAAUAUUAUUUGAUGAGAUGAGGUCAAAGCAAGGUAUUACAUUCAAAAUCUUCACGGAAGAAGAACUAAAGCAAGCCACGAACAGGUUUAGUGAGCAACAAGUACUUGGUCAAGGGGGCUAUGGGACCGUGUACAAGGGGAUUCUUGAGGGCGGCGUGGAAGUAGCCGUGAAGAGAUGCAAGACCGCCAACGAGCAACAAAAGAAAGAAUUUGGCAAAGAGAUGUUAAUCUUGUCCGAGGUCAACCAUAAAAAUAUUGUGAAGCUCCUCGGGUGUUGCCUCGAAGUGGAAGUCCCCAUGCUGGUAUACGAGUUUGUCCCGAAUGGCACCCUCUUCCAGCUCAUACACGGUAACCAUGGCCUUCGUAUCUCCUUGGCUACUCGCUUGGGGAUCGCCCACGAGUCCGCCGAUGCGCUCUCCUAUCUUCACUCAUCGGCUUCGACACCGAUCCUCCAUGGUGAUAUCAAGUCCUCCAAUAUUCUUCUUGACAGGGACAACAAAGCCAAAGUAGCUGACUUUGGCGCCUCCAUCUUGGCACCAACUGACAAGUCGCAAUUCAUCACACUGGUACAUGGAACAUGCGGGUACCUUGACCCGGAGUACAUGCAAACCAACCUGUUGACAGACAAGAACGAUGUGUACAACUUUGGGGUUGUUUUAUUGGAGCUACUCACGGCCAAAUUGCCAUUUAAUUUUGAUCCGGACGUCCCUGCCCAUGAGAAGAGCCUAUCGAUGAUGUUUACGUAUGCCAUGAAGGAGAAUAAGCUCGACCAGAUCUUGGAUGCUGAGAUCAAGGAUGGGGAUAAUAUAGAGAUUAUUGAAGAGAUCGCGGAGCUAGCGAUGCGAUGCUUAGAGAUGCGUGGUGACAAUAGGCCAUCGAUGAAGAAAGUUGCGGAGAAGCUUGAUAGUCUGAGGAAGGUCAUGCAACAUCCAUCGGUGCAGCGGAACCCUGAAGAGAUGGAAUGCCUACUUGGGGAGCCAUCAUCGAUGGCCAGCUCGACAGUAACCAGUGCUGGAUAUUUCAGCAUCGAGAAGAAAGCUGUUAAUGGUCUACAGUCAGGUCGUUAAGUAAUCACACCAUCGCUUUGCUUUGUUUAUUUUGUAUUCGAAAGCAAGA